AUGGGAUGCGGGGCGGCCUCCGGCCAGGGUACAGAGGUCCACCCGGAGAUCCAGGCGAAGCGGGGAAGAGUCGAUCUGCAGCAAGUUUUCCAGGCUUUUCCCGAGUACGACUUGCCAUUGCCGACUGCCCCAACUCGUCGCACGGAGAGUCACAGCAAGGAGCCGACGAAGGGCCGGGACAGCAAGCCAAAGCCGCGCCUCGAAAGCAUGGCGUUGCCCACCGAAGUCUCGGAGGAAGCCGAGGCCGACUGGUCGUCUUGGGAUUCGGCCGAGUGGCGGGACAACUUCUCUUCGGACAAGCCGCAGCCACCUGGCCGGCGGCUGCACGAGUGGCACGUACGACGGCUCAACGAGUUCCGGACACGGAUGGAGGAGCGGCCGCAGCUUCUUGAGAAGACGGUGAAGAGAAGGCGCAGCCGUAGCCCUUGA